AUGUCCGACGGGCAGUUGGCUUUCCAACCAGCACAGCCUACAAAAGAGGGAAACCAGAAGAGAGAUUUCCUUCGCCGCAUACCGGCAGCUCUUGUGGUCUAUUAUUCAUCAACAGCGCAGACUGGUCACAUUGUUGUUUCUCCCCUGGCUCAAGAGUUCGGUGCGCCAUCGGUUUGCGCGAAGACGGCAAACAAACUCUUCGCCGAUCCGAAUAAAAAGACAUCAUUAGAACACCCCUUCUGUCGAGUUUCGAUACGGUCUCUGUCGCCGUCACCUAUUCAUGGAGAAGGCACUAAGGCUUUGUGGCUUUUGAUCAAGCUAUUUGGCCUUCUCCAUGCAUAUAUUCCGGAGAGCACCCAGGCCCGUCAUGGCGACACCAUGGGGAUACCGAUGACGAAGAUGGACCUGACAAGGUCAGCCAAUCCGCAGGGUGUGACGCCGAGGUCAACUGGCCUUAGCAAUGACGGUGCCAUUCUCCUCGACGUCCAAAGAUCUCCCCUGGGGCACCACGAACACCACUAUCCCCCGUCGGCUGCGGUGUUGGGGCGGCGUGAUGUGCCGGGUAUAUUCGAGGAAGAGAUUAGCAAUGGGCGGAUCGGUUAUUUUGCCAGCAUCAACAUCGGCACGCCACCUCAGGAGCUCUUCCUUCAUCUUGACACCGGUAGCGCCGAUAUUUGGGUCCCAAGCAAGACGGCUGAUAUCUGCGCGCGCGGCAGCGACGGCGAGGAGAACAAGUGCAAACAUGGCGCGUUCAUGCCCACCGACUCCAAAACCUUCGAAAGCUUGAACGCCCCUUUCAAAGUGACAUACCACGACAACACUUUCGUGAAGGGGACCUAUUUCACAGAUGUUAUAGAGAUUGGUGGCGCUGUCGUUUACGGUUUGCCAGCUGGGCUCGGGUUGCAGACGGACAUUCCGUUCGGGAUUGCCGGCAUCGGGUAUAGGCGUAGCUCGAGGCGCAGGUCAAGGAAAGUCGCACAUGACAACCUGCCAGUGCGCAUGCAGAAGCAAGGUCUGAUCAACACGGUCGCGUACAGCUUGUGGCUAAACGACCUUGAUGCCGACAAGGGCAACAUCCUCUUCGGCGGCAUCGAUAGGGCCAAGUUUGAGGGCACCCUGAAGAAGGUCCCCGUUCUCAAGACGGCCGGGGGAAGAUACGACUACUUCACAGUGCGCCUGUCUUCGCUCCACGUAUUCAGGGCCCGUGACCCGGAGAGGCGCGUGGGAGCCCGCAGCAUCCCCGAGAGACGCGUGGGAGCCGGCGGCUUGCGCGUGAUCCUCGACAGCGGCGCCACGAUGACCCACCUGCCGAACGCGAUAGCGCAGGUCAUCUAUCGCGAAUUAGGCGUCGUCUUCCCGCCCGGCAUCGCCGCGCCCCUGAUCGCCUGCGACAGGGCCGAUGGCGAAGAGACGGUAACGUUUCGGUUCGGGUCCAGCGACGGCCCGGUCGUCCAGCUCCAUAUGAACGAGCUGGUCAUGGGAGCGCCCAAGUGGUCCACCACGACGGCCGGGGACGAGGGCUUGCUCUCCGACGGAAACCCCCAAGAAAAGCUCUGCCGGUUCGGCAUCCGGAACGCCACCCGGGGGCCGUACAUUCUGGGCGACUCGUUUCUGCGGUCCGCCUACAUCGUGCACGACCUCGUUAACCAUGAGGUUGGCAUUGCACCGACGGUGUUCAACGCGACAAAGUCGAAAAUCUGGAGUUUUUCCAAGUUUGGGGAGCGGAUUCCUGGAGUACUGUGCUGAAAUGAGGAACCGUGGUUGAUCUUUAAUGUGCGAAGGGAUGGUUGAGAUUAAAGUCCUAUGUGGUAGGCCCGGCGGCCGACAGAGAACGGUAUGCGGGCCAUCAGAUACGCAGGUAGUAAUACACUGGAACGAUGUAGGCAUGCGAAAGUCAGUACAAUUGCAACUAGGAGACGAAAAUGGCAGUGUAUAAAGGU